AUGGGCAAGAAAAAGCGCGCUCAUCCCGAUGUAGAGGAGCUCCUCUCUCGGCCUUGGUGCUACUACUGUGAACGCGACUUCGAGGAUCUCAAGCUCCUGAUCUCUCACCAGAAGGCGAAGCACUUCAAGUGCGACCGAUGUGGCAAGCGCCUCAAUACAGCCGGAGGUCUGUCCGUCCACAUGAACCAAGUCCACAAGGAAAACCUAAGCAACGUUGAGAAUGCCCUCGCGAACCGGCAGGGUCUCGACAUCGAGAUCUUCGGCAUGGAGGGUAUCCCUGAGGAAGUCGUCCAGCAACACAACCAGCGCAUCAUCCAGAACUACUAUGCCGAGCAGGCGGAGCGACACGCGGCCACCGGCAACCCCCAGCCGGGCCUGUCGGGAGUCCAGGGGCCGGUGAAGAAGAUCAAGGUGGAGACCCCCGACGAGAUCAAGAAGCGAUUGGCCGACCACCGGGCGCGGCUCGCCGCCCAGAAGGCCGGCGGCGCAAACGGUAGCGCCGGCACUACGCCCGCCGAUGGUCAGAGUCCGGGCCAGAGUGUAAGUUGCGGCUCUACGUUUCAUAACUCUCCCUUCCCUGCCCCCCAGCCGGGCUAUCCAUACCCUCCACCCGUCGUCCCCGGCGCCACGUCCUACACUCCCCCGCAAGCCUUCCCUCCGACCUACCCCCCGGGUGCCGCCGCCUAUCCCCCCGGUGCCGCCCCUCCCGCCGGAGGCUUCAACCUCCCCGCGCGCCCGCCCAGCAACGUCCCGCCAACGACGAACCUGCCCCAGCGGCCGCCUUACGGCGGCAGCAACAUGUACGGCGGCGCGUCGACGGUGGAUGAGCUCGUCGCGGGUGCCGCGAGGCAGGGCGAUAACAUCGACCACCUCAUCCGCAUGGCCGAGGCCGGUAUCAAGCCCUCUGGCGGUAAGAGCGCAGACGAGGCACCGGCCGCGCCGGCGGACAAGAAGUCGAGGAAGGAGAAGAAUUCGCGCAUGGUGUAUGCGGACUCGGAGAUCAGCCCGGAGGAGAAGAUGACCCGUCUGCCUAGAUACGCCUUCGCCCCCGCUGCGUGA